GUCUUCGAAUUUUGAAAAUAAAGAUCGAGCUUUGACUCAUUUGACAUUUUUCUCCAUCCUCCGUCUGCAUCGAUUGCAUUUACUUCUAAUGAACGAGGAAUCAAAGCUCCAAAGAAGAGGCGUGUAGGAAGGUCUGAUGCGCGUGUGUAAGAUAUGGAAAUCAGUAUGGAUGAAACACAUGUAUCUCUGAAGUCCAAGCAACAAUCAUUUUUUGCCUGCUAUUUACUUUGUUCUUUGAGUUCUCGUUAUAAGGGUUGCACCUAUAUUGGAUUCACUGUCAAUCCUCGACGUCGAAUAAGACAGCAUAAUGGAGAAAUUAAGUCAGGGGCACGGAAAACUAAAAGGAAGAGGCCAUGGGAAAUGAUUUUAUGUAUAUAUGGUUUUCCUUCACAAGUUUCUGCACUACAGGCAUCAAAUGGCGACCCCGGAGUCGGAAGAUCAACUACUUGGCGGACCCUCAUCAAAGAAGAUCAAGUCAGGACAAGGACGACCUCCUCCAGUCUAGCCUCGACAAGGACGGCCUUCUUCGGUCAAGCAUCAUCAGGAAUAACCUCUUUCAAUCCUGCAUUCCAAGGCGAGUUUGAGUGGGCUUGGCAGCAUCCAAGAGAAUCUCUGGCUGUAAAGGAAGCGGCCAAAGGGAUGAAGCUGGGUGGGACUGCGGGUAAAAUAAGGCUUGCUUACACUAUGCUCACACUUCCCGAAUGGAAAAGCUUAAAUCUUACUAUCAAUUUCUUGUCAACAAAGUACGUAGGCAAUACCAAGGGUUGCCCAAUUCUACCUUCUCAUAUGAAAGUUCAGUUUUGUCCCGUGGAUGAGCUUCCCUGUUACACAGAUGAUUGGGUGUCAGAUCCUGAGGAUGAUCUCAAAGAAGAGUGUUACUUAGGAAAAAGUGAUGCCAGUGAUCCUGAAGAGGAAAUGGAGGUUGACAAGGGACCAGCAUUAAUGAAACAGCAUACUGAAAUAAAAAAGCAGCAACAGCAAGAAUGUGACCAGAAUCCUGCUAAGAAAUGCAGGAGAAGAGGCCGCCCUUUAAAGCAAUAUAAAUGUAAUUCAGAUGAAUUGGCUUCUGAAGUUACAGUUCCUUCCCCAAGUAAGUUAUCUUCAUUUUCAGUACUGGCAGGUGCAGAAAGUGAGGGAUUGGAUAGGUUAAACAGUUUUUUUCCCAACAGUUUUAGUUCAGAUCAAUUGGCUUCUAAAGUUACAGUUCCUUCCCCAAGUAAAUUAUCUUCAUUUUCAGUACUGGCAGGUGCAGAAAGUGAGGGAUUGGAUAGGUUAAACAGUUUUUUUCCCAACAGUGAUUGCCUACUUCAAAUAUCAGACAGUGAGAACAGUGAGGAUGGUUAUGUUGCAAAUGGUACAUCUGUAAUGCCAAACACCUCUUUACCAGUCAAUCUCAGUCAAGAAGCUUCAACUGCUGUAAAGAAUAAUUGCUCCAUCAACUUCAGAGCUGAUUAUUCCCCAUCCAAUGUUAGUGACUCUGACAAGCUAAAAGGUAUUUCAGACGAGUUCAGUAUAAAACGUAAAAUGAUUGCUGCCUCAGAUCCAGUGGAGUAUAAUUUGUCCAAUGAAUUGAAAAUGGAUUACAGUGUUAGCAAAGAUAGUGAAGUUGACAAGAUAGUAAAUAAUAUGGAUGAUUUUAGCAUAAAAAGCAGAACUACAAGCUUAAAUAUGAUAGAGUUUCCAUCUCUCCAGGAAUACAGUCCUGUAUGUUAUAUCUCGCCUCUGAAAAUGUCUGAGGAAGCAUUGUUGUCAUUCACAUCACCCUCCAAGUCCCCUCCCACCAAGAAAUUAAUUAGUGUAAGCUGUACAUUCUUAUCCCCUAUAUCUUCUCAGAGACAAGUUAUAACAGUAUUAUCUACUCCUCGGCCUAUUUCAAAAAAUGUCAUCGAUUUGACAGAUUCACCUGCAACAUAAGUAAUGGUUCUUAAAGUGUGUGCUGGGGUGGGGGCUUUGAAUCAGAAAACAAAAAUAAUGAUAUUGAUAGAUGAGAUGUAUGAUACAUUGGAUAUAUGAUAUUUGAAACCUGAAUAAAAGAUGACAAAAUGUUCAGUUGGAUCGAACAUCUUCUCUUCAGACUUAUCCAAGAAUUAUUGUUUGAAUGAUUUAUUUGUAAUAUGUUUCAUAGAUGUACAUGUAACAUGACAGCUACUGCAAAGUAGAAUAAAGACAUUCAUUUAAGGACCGUUACCCAAUAAGGCUGAUAGAUGGCCUUUAGUUAAUUUCAAUUAUAUAAACUUUGCAGUUACUUAAAGAUAA